UAAAGGAUUAUGAUACUACUUAGCAACCAGCCAGCCCAGAUUCACCUUCAUACCACGGCAUUAACCCCUCAGGGGGACUACAAUUUCUCACCCAGAGGAGUCCAGUCCAUCGAACCCCAUGCAGAUGACCAGUGAUGGCCACAGAAUCUGACCCCACAGACAAGUCAGCUGACAGCGUGGAAAAUGCGGAUCACAUCUUAACUCCAGCAGAAAGAAUCACCCUAACAUUUUUCCUUGCUGUCAUUAUAAUUAUGACCAUACUUGGAAAUUUGCUUGUCAUGGUUGCUCUCUGCAAAGACAGACAACUCCGGAAGAAAAAGACUAACUACUUUAUAGUAUCGUUGGCAUUUGCUGAUCUCUUGGUGGCAAUAGUGGUAAUGCCAUUCGCAGCGGUGGAGCUGGCAACAGGCAACUGGAUCUAUGGAGACACCUUCUGUCUGGUGCGGACUUCCCUGGAUGUUAUGUUAACAACCGCGUCCAUCUUGCACUUGUGCUGUAUUGCAUUAGACAGAUAUUAUGCCAUUUGCUGUCAACCCCUGGUCUACAGGAAUAAAAUGACCCCAAUCCGGGUUGCCUUAAUGCUUGGAGGAUGCUGGGUCAUUCCAUCCCUCAUUUCUUUUUUGCCUAUCAUGCAAAGCUGGAAUGCUAUUGGAAUUGAAGACAUUAUAGAAUCCCGGAGGUUCAGCAAUGCCACAAAUGAGACCUUUUGCAUCUUCUUGGUGAACAGACCUUAUGCCAUCAUCUGCUCAGCAGUGGCUUUCUAUAUUCCAUUGGUCUUGAUGGUGCUAGCCUACCAGCGAAUAUAUGUGACCGCUAUGGAACACGCUCGCCAAAUCGGGAACCUUCAAAGGGCAGGGUCAGCCCCCGAAUAUUACGAAGGCUCCGAGAGCCAAGGGCCAAGUCGAAUGAAGAUUGAAACCAAAGCCGCUAAAACUCUAGCCGUCAUAAUGGGAUGCUUCUGCCUCUGUUGGGCUCCUUUCUUUAUCACAAAUGUCAUUGACCCUUUCAUAGACUAUAGUGUACCUUGGCAAAUGUGGACAGCAUGGCUGUGGCUGGGGUACAUCAACUCUGGCUUGAACCCAUUCCUGUAUGCCUUUCUGAACAGAUCGUUCCGCCGUGCCUUUUUAAUGAUACUCUGCUGUGGAGAUGAACGUUAUGUACGGGCAGGAAGUUUUGGACCAUCUCGGCCAUACACCACCUCUGUCAACGGGACUUCAAUAGCAUUGAGAUUAGCAUUUCUUCCCAGUCGGCAUCAUAGUGAGAAUGGGAGGCAGAUUCUCUCCAACGAAAUGGAGUCCCAGGAUUCAGCUGGAGAAGUCUAAAGGACUCGGCGUCUGCGACUCGACGUGUUUAAUUCUAGGACUCUAUUUAUUUAAAUGCACACUACGCUUCAACAGUAGGGAGAAGUGAUACAACUUUGUUACUAUGUGACAGCUCUAUUUUUUUGUUGUUGUUGUUUUCAAAUUUAGAUUUGCAAUUUGCUAAUGAAGUUAUUUGCAACAGGUUAAUAUUUAUAAAAAAAAAAAGAUAGUCUGUCAUUUUCUGCAGUAACCAUUUGACAAUGUUUUGGAUAGUUAGCCACCACAAUGGAAGUGGUACUGUUAUGUCUUUUCAAAUGGGACAAUGGGCGCGGACUUUUGCAGGGUCCUCAUGCUCCCCACAUGUCUGAUUUUAGUUGUGCCAUGCAUCGUUAUAUUUUCUUUCUUCUAUACGACCUUCAAUGGAUCCCCUUUGUACAGUCAUUCUUCUUUUUAACAGCGUUUGUGCAUCCUUGAAGAUUUUCCGAGGCGGCUCACUUCCUCCGAGGCAUCCUGACAGGAGGCGGCAUGCUGUGAACUGCACACAGACCACAGAAUGCUGACAAAGAUUAGCGUGUUCUUACUGCUAUAAACGCAGUUGCUUCUGAAGCACUUUACAGACAAUGUGACUUAAAACGUGCAAAAAAAUUGUGAAAAGAAUAAUGAUAAAUAAA